AUGGGCAUGUGUUUGUGUCCAGAUGUCCUGAAGCGUGGUGGCAAUGCGGCAGAUGCUGCAGUUGCCAUAGCAGCAGCUCUGGCGGUGACAGAACCGAGCAGCACGGGCCCUGGUGGAGACGCCUUCUGCUUGUUCUACAACGGAAACACUGGAGAGAUCAGAGGAAUUAAUGGAAGCGGACGUUCAGCCCGAGCUCAGACGCUUGACUUCCUGGAAGGACGCGGUUACACUGCAGAGGCCCCUCCUUCAGCAUUUGAUGCUUUGAAUGUCACCGUACCAGGGGCCCCUGCAUGCUGGUGUGAUACUGUAGAGCUGUUUGGAAGUCACAAGCUGUCCUUGCUGGAGGUCCUGAGUGGGGCGGUGGAGUUAGCAGAGGAGGGGUUUCCUGUUGCCGAGAUAGCAGCUCACCAAUGGGCGACCUGGGUGGCUGCUCUGAGAGAAGCUGGGAAGGAACUAGGUGGAGACUUGCUGAUUGACGGUCAUGCUCCCAAAUGUGGACAAGUGUUCAAAAACCCUGGCCUGGCUCGGACCAUGAAGGAGCUCGGUGAGGGUGGAAAACCAGCUUUCUACCAGGGCAGAGUGGCCCAAGCCAUCAUUGACGUCAUUAACCAAAAUGGGGGAGUCAUGACCUUGGAUGACCUCAGCAGUCACAACAGCGAGGUCAUCACCCCCAUAAGCACAGAGUACAAGGGCGUGCGUCUGUGGGAGCUUCCUCCGAACAGUCAGGGGCUCACUGCCCUGCUGCUGCUCAACAUCCUGGAGAACUUUCCUCAACUUAAAGCUGCAGGUCAUAACAGUUCUGACUAUAUCCAUAUUCUGGUGGAGGCUGUGCGUUUGGCACUGUCAGAUGCUCUGCGUUACCUUGGUGAUCCACAUCAUGUGACCAUCCCUGUGGACACCUUACUGGACAAGAGCUACAGCCACCAGCGAGCUCAGUGCAUCAACAUGGACAGGGCCAUGGAGCGAGUGGAGCCUGGCCUGAUGACUGGAAGUGACACAGUGUACUUCUGUGUGGUUGACAGUCAGGGGAACGCCUGUUCAUUUGUCAACAGCACCUAUAUGGGCUUUGGGAGUGGUCUGGUCCCGAAGGACUGUGGAUUCUCACUACAGAAUCGUGGUGCAAGCUUUUCUCUUCGUCAUGACGAUGUCAACUGUGUUGCUGGUGGGAAGCGGCCAUAUCACACCAUAAUACCUGCGCUUCUCACUGACUCUGCAGCCACAUCACAAAAACCACAACUCCUUGCUGCACUCGGGGUGAUGGGGGCUUUCAUGCAACCGCAAGGACAUGUCCAGGUUUUGUUGAACAUGAUGGAGUUUGGGAUGAAUCCUCAACAAGCUCUGGAUGCACCGAGAGUCUAUGUGCAGUAUGACAACAAAACUCAUCGGUGGUUGGUUAAUUUGGAGGAGGGAGUCGACCACGAAGUAGCCGAAGACCUCAGAAGACGGGGUCACGUAGUCAACUGGCCAAUUACAGGCCACAAGAGGUCUCAGUUUGGACGAGGACAGAUCAUCACGGUGGGGGAUUGGUGGAAUCCAUCAGAAUGUCACACUAACCGUCCAUCCAGGGUGCUGUGGGCAGGAUCAGACCCCAGAGGAGACGGAUGUGCUCUGGGAUACUAGUAACAUAAUGAUCAGAUAAAUCAAAUAGUUGUUUAAAGACAAAUUUAUACAGAUGAACACAGGUUUGACUGUGGUAUUUUGUAAGGUGAAUGCUUUCUUCCUUUUGCUUGAUGAUUUCACCAAAUGAUUUUAAUGUUGGGUAAUACAACAAAAAAAUUCCAGUUUAUUGCACUUUCAAAACCUAGUGUCUCAGUAGCUACACUGCACCAUCAUGAAGUGCCUUAUUUCACUAUAUUGUUAUGUCAGUGUUUGUUUAGAUCAGUGGUUCUUAAACUGGGGGUCGGGACCCCCGCACGGGUCCCAAGAUCAUUUCAGGUGAUCGCCAGAUCAUUGUUAAAGUUAAUCAUUGUUAAAAAAAAACAAACAAACAAAAAGCCUACAUUUAUCAAAUAAAUUUGAAUUAGGGCUGUCAAAGUGCAUACUUCUUCCAACUCCUUUGCUGAACUUGUUAAUAUUAUGGUUUGGUUAUGUGAUAUUAUUAUUCUUUUUUGCUCUUUUUUAAUG